AUGGCGGCGGACCUGGGCCUGUGUUUAUUAAACACAGGCUCCGGGAGCACCUGUGUGCACUGGCAGGGGGAGUCCAUUGUGGAUCUCACGUGGGCUUCCCCCUCCCUAGUGCGUGUGGUGCGGGGGUGGGAAGUGGUGCGGGGGGAAACCUUGUCGGAUCACCGGCAUAUUUGGUUCUCCCUUGCACUCCUCGGUCGAUCACCCCUCCGCUGCCGCGGGGGGCAACGUGCUCCGGCGCGGCGAUGGGUUCUCGGGAGGUUGUGCGAGGACACACUAGUCGCGGCGCUUAAAGCGACCACGUGGGGCGAGCAACCACCCCGGACGGUGGUCGAGGAGGCCGACUGGUUCGGGCGCAUUCUCGCGGACGCGUGCGACGCGUCCAUGCCCCGAGCGGGUCAGCCUGACUGGCGGGCUGCCUACUGGUGGUGCGACGUGAUCGACGAGUUGCGACGUUGCUUCGUCAGGGCAAGGCAACAGUUCCAGCGAGCCCGUCGCCGGGGGGUCGCACACGCGAAACUCGAGGAACGGUACCGGGAGUGGAGGGCGGCCCUCUACUCCCUUCGCGCCGCGAUUGGGAAGUCUAAGGCCAAGACCUGA